CGAUAUUCACUUUAUAAUCGGUAAACAUUUCCAACAACGCUUAUUGAUCCUGAUGGUUAGAUAACAAUGGGAACAAGUAAUUCUCACGAUAUAGGCGGCAAUCGAUUACACGCGUUUACCGAUUAAUGGCAAAUAGUAUUUCACAUUCCCUUCCAAUCUCCGUUUCAUGCGAAUAUAUUGCACGAUAAAUAUACAAUAAUCCGUAUAAACAAAAGAAUUCAAAUAUAUCGUUUAUAUCGUGGAAAAUUAUUUUUACGAAAAUGGUUAUUUGGUCAAUCGAAGAACCAGAUCUCUUUACGGUUAAGAAUUAGGUUAGGUUGAGUUUGGAAUACGUCAAAGAAUUCGAUAGAGAUAAUAUGUGGAAAAAUUAUACACGGGAAUAUAAUUAUACCCGAAAAUAUAUAAAACAUAUUUCGUUCAAUCAAUUUUCUUAUUAUGUAAAUGUUGAUACACAAUAUCGAAUUGCACGUAGAGAAUUUUACAUCCCGCGUAUCUAGCAUAAAGUAUAGAAUGACAAACUUCUCGGUCGGUAUAUUCAUGCGCUUGCGCACACGUGCGCUGUUUAUUUUUUCUCGAUCAACAAUGUAAUAUUUGCGUAAUAUCUAUUCAUUUUUUGUUUUAAUAACAUAUUGGUGCGUAUUAUGCAAUUACACGUUAACGUUAAUGAUUUACACUACAAUCAUUAUGCGAUUUCUCUUGUAUCAACAAGAAAAUAUCGACUUGUUCUUCUUCAAGAGAGAGAUAGAAAACAAGAUAGCAAACAAGCACCGAUUCACAAAGAAGAAGAAGAAGAAGAAGAAGUCGUGACAUUAAGCCUUGGGGAUACGCCUUCGUAUAAAAUUACACACUUCGGACACCUGAGUGUAUUUUAUUAUACAAUGGAUAAUAUUUUUGGUAAAGAAGAUUCUGGGAAUGAAAGUGAACAUAUAGAUAUUGAAGGAAAGGAAGAAAAAGGUAGUCCUUCACAAAAUUCUGGAACUAAAGAUGUAGAAUCAAUAGAUGUUAAUGAUAAUGAUAACGUACAAGUUAAGAUAGAAUAUGAUGCAAUGAGUUCGCAAUCUCAAUCUGAUGGAGAAGAAGUAGGUUCUAAUUUAUUAUGUACAGUAGUAGAAGAUCAAUUGGAAAUUGUCAAAAACGAAAAUGAUAAUAGAGAAGAAGAACAAACAACGGAAGACAUAUUUGAAAAUGAUAUAGUACUACCUCAUGCAAAUCCAACAAAUGUUAAAGAAAGAAGAGAAAGUAAAGAGAAAAGUAAAAAAGAAUUGGAAGAGGAAGAAAGGGAGAAAAUGCAAGUAUUAGUAUCAAAUUUUACAGAAGACCAAUUAGAUAGAUAUGAAAUGUAUAGAAGAGCUGCUUUUCCAAAAGCAGCAAUAAAAAGAAUUAUGCAAACUAUAACAGGUUGUUCAGUAUCGCAGAAUGUGGUUAUUGCUAUGUCCGGUAUUGCAAAAGUAUUUGUCGGAGAAAUAGUAGAAGAAGCUCUUGAUGUCAUGGAAGCUCAUCAAGAAUCAGGACCAUUACAACCAAAACAUUUAAGAGAAGCAGUUAGAAGAUUAAGACUUCAAGGACAAAUUCCAAAUGGUCGUGCCUAUAAAGCAUUUUUCCGAUUAUGAAUCAUCUCAUUAGCAUAAUCAUUUAAAACUGUGAUUUAAUACAAAUGCCUCCAAUAAGUUGCAGAAAUUAAAUAAAUAUUUUUGUAUAAAAAAAUAUGAUUACUGCAAUAUGUUAAUAUUCACAUAAAAAGUUGUUACAUUGUAAAAAUAUCUUAGAAGUUAUAAAAAUAAGGAUAUACAUUUUAAUAAAUAAAUAUAUACA